UGUCAUUGGUAGGAUGUUGUAAUCCGGGGACUAUAGAUAAUCUUGUAUUUUGGCUUAUUUGGUGUUUUAAAAUAACAUUUGCUGUUUGUCUGCUGUUCUUGCCCCUGCUCCAACCCCCCCCAGCCUCAGACCAUGGCAAACCAGGAAAGGAGAGACUUCGCUGCCCUUCCUGAUGGCACUGGCAGUGCCUUUGCAGAGCUGCCUUGGGACCUGGGGACUCUGGGGACACCGUGACCCUCUGGAUGGCUCCUUCCUCACCCCACUUGCAAGGCAGCAAACAGGAAACGUGUGAGCACCGGCAGUUGGUGUCACCCAGAGCGGAAGGUGCCUUGAGUAAGAGAUGAGAGCGGGGGCAGCUCUGUCCCUCUGAGCUGGGGAGCCCCUCAGGCCCGUGUGCCCCACACUGAGCAUCCCUCGUGGGGAGGGCUGGAGCAAAGGUGUCCAGCGAGGGCAGGGCGGGCCGGGUGUCCCCUCCAGGCCAGGCCAGGCCAUGGCUGAGCGCCGGGCGGGCGCCAAGGGCCGGCGCUUGGGCUCCAGCCGGCGCAAGCAGCUGCAGGAGGGCCCUGGGCAGGCACCAGCACCAGCACCCGGCCCCAGUGAGGAGCCACCAUGGGCAUCUGAAAUAGUGCAGAGGGUGCAGCACCUGCUCAGCGCCAGGGACACGGAGCAGGCAGGAGUUGUCACCCGCUCGGACAUGCAGAAGCUGCAGGAGGAAGGUUUGCCGUGCAGCAGGGAGGAGCUGGAGCUGGUGUUCGAUGGGCUGGAUGCCGCUGGCACCGGGCGCUUGGGCACAGAGGAGUUCACAGCAGGGCUCCGGCAGUUCCUGAGCUCCCAAAACGCUGCCAGGGAGCACCGGCGGAGGAAGACGGCGUCGCGGAGGGUGCGGCUGGUGCUGCCCAGCCCGGCACUGCCAGGGGGGCCCAGCGAGGAGAGCAGGCACUUUGCUGCCUUCAUGGAGCAGCUGGGCACAGACAACCCCUCUGAGGAACAGGAGAUCUGGCAGCUCUGGGUGAAGCUCCGGCAGGACGAGCCCCAGCUGCUGGACAACCUGGAGGGCUUCCUGGCCAAGAUGAGGCAGCGCAUCCAAGAAGCCAGGAGCGAGAAGGAGGCUCUGGAGCUGACUCUGAACAAGCGUGUGGCCGAGCACGACAAGGACGUGCAGCAGCUCUGCGAGGCCCUGGAGCAGCAGAUCCAGCAGGAGCAGCUGCGGCUGCAGCAGCAGAGCAUGGCCCGGAGCCAGCAGCAGGGCGAGGAGCUGCAGCGAGUGCUGGACGCCAGCGAGAGGGAGGUGCAGCGCUUGGUCAAGGCGCAGACGGAGCUGGAGCAGCGCUGCCGCAGCCUCCAGAGCUCCCAGCAAGUGGCCAGCAUGGAAAACCAGCAGCUGCAGGAGAGCAACCGGGCCCUGCAGCAGCACCUGCAGCACCUGCACCAGCAGCUGCAGCACACCCAGGGCCACCUGAGGACAAUGAGGGCUACAGUGGCUUGGGAGCACAUGGGGGAGCCCGGGGACAGAGUGGUGGCAGAGUUACCCAUCGAGGUGCCAAUGUCCCCACAGCUGAGUCCUGGGAAGAGCGAGAAGUUCCGCUCGGAGAUGCGGAUCAGGCUGGGAUCCCAGAGCAGCGAGAGCAAAGCCACGAGCACCCACCAAGUGGUUUGGGAAAUGCUGCCAGCAGAAACAAACCUUUCAGGAGCCCCACGGAAAGCAAGCUCUGCAGAAGAGGACCCCUUCCCAGAACCUUUGAAAGAGGAAGGUGUCUCUGACCAAAGCUCUUUGCUAAGAGAGAUGAAUGAUGCAAUAGCAGCUCUGAGCAAACAUCUGAAGGCACAGGCACUGGGUGCAGCCCCUGCCCUGGCAGACACUGCCUGUCACCCCUGGGACAAUGCUGAGCCCCAAACGGGGCCAGAGGCAGCCACAGCCCAUGAAACAACGCCUGGGGUCCUGCAGGAGACCCUCCCUGGCCACAUCCAUCAGGAGCUGCUGGAAGGAGACCUGCAGGAGGGACCAGGCACAGCUGAGCUUCGUGCUCCGGAUGUGACACAGGCUGGUGCGUCUGCAGGAGCUGGGCACUGCACGGCUCAGGAGCCAGAGGCAGAGCAGGGAGAGAGCCCAGAGGAGGCACAGAGGAUGUUAUUCCAGCAAGGAAAGGGAGCUGGUGUGGAGGAGAUGGUGCUGAAGGUGGCUGAGCAUCUGGGAGACAGCAUGGAGGCAGGAGAGCAGGUCCUGAUGGAGGUGGAAGGAGCAGGGUGGCUGCAGGGAACAGCUUGGGCAAAACCACAGCUCCUGGGAGAAGCUGAGGAAGUGGAGAUAAGCCAGAGAGAAGAUUUGGAGGCAGGUCUGUGGCCACCUGAGGCUGGGCAGGAAGGUGUAGCAGUGGGACAGUGCCUUGCCAUGGAUGAGCAGCAGCCAGGGAGGAUGCUGGGGGUGCAGGCCCCAGGCACAGAGCUGCAGGAACGGGCUGACCCCGCAUCAGGGCUCCCUGGGAAACUGGAAACUGAGCUGGGAGAGCACCUGGAGCCACAGCCACCAUCCUGGGGUGAGGCACAAGUGGGAGCAGCCCAUGGGGGUGGUGUCCCUGAGGUGACAGUGGCUCCAGGCCCAGGAGUGCUGGAUGAGGAGCGUGCCAGGACAGAGGUGCAGCCCCAGGGAGAGACCACGGACUCCAAAGUGCUGGAGGUGCUGCCAGCCCAAGCUGAGCGUGCAGGGAGCAGCAGAGCCGGGGGCGAGGAAGAGGAGGAGGAGGAGGAAGCAGAGCCCAGGGAGGCAGAGCAGCAGCUGCAGGGUGAGUGUGCCAGGGGAGGUGCAGGGUGGAGAGGGAGCGUGGGCUCUCUGGAGCCACUGGCAGCGGCUGUGCCACCCACCCACGGGCAGGGAGGAGGUGGAACAGAUGUGGAACUGAUGGAGGCCCCCAGCAGCACCAACAUGGAGCUGCUGGCAGAGGUGGAAGCAGAUCUGCAGGUCUGGAUUGAGGCUGGAUCUCCAGGGACACAGCAGGGAGGGGGUGUGGAUCCAGGUGUGCAGCUGGAGAAGGAUAAACCAGAGGUAGGGCUGGGAGAAGAAAUGGGGGCUGCUGCAGUGCACAGUGAGGGUCCUUCCCCUGCAGAAACACCUGUGGGCAGCCCGGAUGUGUGUGGGCUGUUCCCAGGUACGUCUCAGGCACUGGUGGAGGCAGAUCUGCAGCUCUCUGUGGAUCUCAGCCCAGAAAACCCCCAGGGAGGGAAGGGGGAAAGAGCUGUUCAGCUCCCAGAGAACGGGGAAGAGGAUGGGGCAAAAGGACAGGUUGAGCAGGGGCUGCCACAUGAGCCAGUGCCUCAUCCCAGUGCAGUGCCCUUCGGUCAGGGGCAGGGGGCUGGUGCAGGGCUAGAGCUAAGGGAGAAUGCUGAAAGCCUGGACACUACUGAGGAGCAGAGCACUGGUGCCAAUGUGCAGCUGAUUGCAGAGGGGGAUGAGCUCAGACUGACCCCAGCAGGGAGCACAGAGGCAGAUCUGCAGCUCAUGGCUGGAUCCUCAGGGACAGAGCAGGGAGGGGGUGUGGAUCCAGAUGUGCAUCCCCUGGACCAGGGGGAUAAAGAAGAGUUUUUGGAAAGGAAGGCAGAGGAUGCCCAGGAAGAUACGGUGUUCCAUGAGGGUCUGAGCCCAGGGGCUCCAUGGGGAGGGGAGGGUGAAAGAGCUGUUCAUCUGGAGGAGGAGGAGGAUGGGGCACAAGGACAGGGUGAGGAUGGGCUGUCACACGAGCCUGAGCUUGAUCUGCAUGGGUCAGGAGUCGAGCACGGUGAAGGAGCUGGUGAAGACAUGCAAGCACAGGAAGAGUCUGAAAGCCUGGACACUACUGAGGAGCAGAGCACUGGUGCCAAUGUGCAGCUGAUUGCAGAGGGGGAUGAGCUCAAAUCAGCCUCUGGAGAAAGCACAGAGGCAGAUCUGCAGCCCUUAAGCCAGACUGACUCCAUGGGGACAGAGCAGGGAGGGAAUGUGGCUCCAGAUGUGCAGCCCCUGGAUCAGGGGGAUAAAGCAGAGGUAGUGGAAAGGGAGGCAGAGGACUCCUGGACAGACACUCAGCUGUGUGUGACUGCCAGCCCAGAAACUCCCCAGGGAGUGGAGCACUGUGCAGCUGUGCAGCCCAGGGAUGGGGCUGGGGAUGGGGGACAAGGACAGGGUGGGAGUGGACAGAUGCAGGAGCUGGUGCCUGACCCAUCCGGAGUGACCAUCAGACAGAGAAGGGGGACAGAGGCAGGUGUGCAGCCAGUGGAGGAGGCUGAAAGCCUGGACACAGUGGAAAAUCAGAGCAGUGGUGCCAAUGUGCAGCUGAUUGCAGAGGGGGAUGAGCUCAGACUGAGCCCAGCAGGGAGCACAGAGGCAGAUCUGCAGCUCAUGGCUGGAUCCUCAGGGACAGAGCAGGGAGGGGGUGUGGAUUCAGAGGUGCAUCCCCUGGAUCAGGGGGAUAAAGCAGAGUUAGUGGAAGGGGAGGCAGAGGAUGCCCAGGCAGAUCUGCAGCUGUCAGAGGGUCUCAGCUCAGGAGUCCCACAGGGAGGAGAAAUUGGAACAAAUGCUAAAAUUGAGGAGAAGGAUGAUGAGGCACAAGGACAAGGUGAGGAUGAGCUGCCACAGGAGCCUGAGCUUGAUCUGCAGGGAUCAGGGGUCAGGCAGGGAGGGGAGGCUGAUGAAGACAUGCAAGCACAGGAAGAGUCUGAAAGCCUGGACACUACUGAGGAGCAGAGCAGUGGUGCCAAUGUGCAGCUGAUUGCAGAGGGGGGUGAGCUCAGACUGAGCCCAGCAGGGAGCACAGAGGCAGAUCUGCAGCCCUUGGGUGAGGCUGGAUCCUCAGGGACAGAGCAGGGAGGGAGUGUGGAUUCAGAGGUGCAUCCCCUGGAUCAGGGGGAUAAAGCAGAGGUAGUGGAAGGGGAGGCAGAGGAUGCCCAGGCAGAUCUGCAGCUGUCAGAGGGUCUCAGCUCAGGGGCUCCUUGGAGAGGGGAGUGGGGAAGAGCCCUUCAGAAUGAGGAGGAUGAGGAGGGUGGGGCAGAAGUACCAGGUGAGAAUGGGCUGCCACAGGAGUCUGUGCUUGCUCCAGAAGGAGCAGGAGGCCGACAGGGAGAAGGGGCUGGUGCAGGAGCACAGCCACAGGAGGAGACUGAAAGGCUGCACACACUGGAGGCCCAGAGCACUGAUGCUGCUGUGCAGCUGUUCAGAGAUGAGCAGAUGCCCCAGUCAGGCUCAGGAGGGAGCACAGAGGCAGAUCUGACACCUCUGGGUGUAGCUGGGUUGUGGGAAGGGGAGCAGGGCCUGACUCCAGGUUUGGAGGCAGUUCUGGGUGCAUCUCCCACUGCAAACCCAUGGGAAGGAGCUGCUGCUGCAGAUGUGCCCCCGCCAACUGAGGCUGCUUUGUGUCCUGAGCCUGCCACUGCUGCAGAGGGCCCUGGUCUGGAAGCAAAACUGGGAGCAUGCAUUGGUCCUGAGGGGCAGAUUCUGGAGGCACAGGAAUUACUGCAGGGAGAGAGGGCUCCUGCAGAGGGGAAGCCUCUGGAUGGAGCUCAUGGUCUGGAAGUGGCACAGGGAGAGAUGCUGGAGGCAGGGGUGAGGAAUGAAGUGAAAACUCAGGGUCUAGGACUAAACCAGGGCCAUGAUGAUGCUGAGUUGGCCUCCCUGGUCUCCGAGGUGCUGUCACAACUCAGCCCCCAAAAGCUGGAAACGAUGAUGCAGGAGGAUGUUCUCAUUCCAGAUGUGUGGCGGCUUUGUGCUCCGGGACAGGCAGCCCAAAGGGAGCUUCAGGAGCAGGUUUCAGCACAGGGACAUGAGGGGAGGCUUCACACGGUGGCCCAACAGCCAGAGGGGGAGACACCACCCACGAGGGAACCGGAGCACACGGCUGCUGGACCUGCUGAGCAUCUGAAGCAAGAGGUGCCACCAGCAUCACCACUGCACACAGCUGUGCAACCAGGACAUGCUGGCAGUGAUCAGCUGGGGGUGGUCCUCAGAGAAAACUCACUGGGGCAAAGGCAGCUCUUGGGAGAACAGAGCAAAGGCAUCAGUGUUGGUCAACGAGAGAAGAUGCAAGAGUUUGGUCAGAAAAUGAGCCAGGAAGGUGAGCCCAGCUCAGGAGAGCCAGGGGCUGUGACUGCAGGUGGGGCAGGAGCUGCUCCACAGGGUUGUCCUAAAGCUGCCCUGGACCCAGACCACCUGUACAACGUGCUGUUUGUUGGGGACUCCCACGUGGGCAAAACGUCGUUCCUGUACCGUUUGCACGCUGACACCUUCAAUCCUCACCUCACAGCCACAGUGGGACUGGAUUACCAGAUCAAAACCCUCGUUGUGGAUAACAAGUGCUUUGCUCUCCGCCUGUGGGACUCAGCUGGUCAGGAAAGGUACCGCAGCAUGACCAAGCAGUUCUUCCGGAAGGCGGACGGGGUGGUGCUGAUGUACGACAUCACCUCCGAGUGCUCCUUCUCCGACGUGCGCUACUGGCUCAGCUGCAUCCAGGAAGGAGCAGAGGAUGGAGUUGCUGUUCUGCUUCUUGGGAACAAAACUGACUGUGCUGCCCAGAGACAGGUCCCUACAAAGGAGGGUGAAUGCCUGGCCAAGGAGCACCAGCUCAUGUUUUACGAGUGCAGCGCUGCCUCAGGCCACAAUGUCUUUGAGUCCAUGGUCAGCUUCACCAGGCUGCUCAAAGUUCGUGAAGAUGAAUUGAAAAAUAAAGCAGAAGAGGUACCAAAGGCCCCUCAGAAGAAAAAGGGCUGCUGCUGGUGAUGGAGACACACCCCACACUCUGAUCUGAAACUGCACUAACAGCAACAGCCAGAAAAGCAUAAAAAUAGUCCUUGGACACCUUCUCUUUUCCUGUGUGUCUUCCUUGCCUGAUCUUCCUUGGAUGCUGAGAGCAAAAGCUGCUGUGGGGCACCCCCUGUCAAUCCCCCAGAGCACACCAGCCCUCCCAAAUACUUCUCAGGGAACUUUACCACUUUCUUUUGGAGACCAAAAACAGGCCAAGAAAAGAGGCAGAAAAGGAACCCAGCUGGGUCUGAGAUGCUGCAAUGAUACUGGAAGCAGCAGGGAGUAAACCCAAGCCUUGGGAGAGAAGAAAUGAAAACCUGAAGCCGUCCAAGUGUAUAAACCAAGGGGGUUUAGUGCUGUUGGUGCUCUGGGCUGUGGGGACUUCUCCUCUGGCUUUGCAAUCUGAUUGGAUUGGAUCAGGAGCAAUGAGAUAUUCAAUAUAUUCUAAAUGCCCUUAAAUCUCUCCAAUGACACGAGGUAAAGCUAAUUUUUCCCUUCCGUGGUUUAUCCUACCAGUGAGCAGUGAUGGGGCUUGACAGAAACUACUGAAUAUUUUGCUCAAAAUAAAUUCAAAACCCCCAAGAGAGAGUCCAGGACAAGAAGAAGAUAAAUGCUUGCAAGAUGUUUCUUUCAUUGUGUUGUCCCCAGAGCAGAAUUCUGGAUUAUUGCAACAAAUUUCAGGCUGGGCAGAGAAGAAUGAGCUGCUGCAUCCUGCCCUUCUGCUCUUUGUGAAGUGCUGAAUUGGUUUUAAAUCCAGCUUGAAAAAUCUAAAUAGGCACAUGUCACAAUUUCAAGGUGUUUUUUUUUUAAUCUUUUCACAGCUUAAUUGAACUAUAUUUUUGCAUAAAAAAGACAUACAGUCUAAAUAAAUAAGAAUACUAGUGCUAUAUUUUCGUAUUUUAUAUGCUCCAUGUAAAUUCCCAGCAGUUCAACAGGUGUGUUUAAAGACUCUGCUUAUGUACAGAGUUUGCAGAAAUCAUUCUGCCUAGCUGGGUUUGCUUUUUGUUGCCAUUAUUAUUUAUAUGUACAUAAUGGCAAAGCAUAAUAGGAGCCAGUUUGUGCUUUAGAAAAAUUGAGUGACAACAGGAGUUGGGCUUCUAGCAACUAUUUAUUUCACAUAUAAUUAUAUAUAUUUUAUAUCUAUCAGCUUCACCAGCCAGGGUCCAACUUUGCAGUGACUCUGGAAUUUCAGAGUCUUUUAGGGAUGAUUUAUUUCUCCUGCACACCACAAUUUAUCACUCCAGUGCCUCUGUAUCCUAAGUCUCCAUCCCCUGUGUCUCCCCUCAGCCUACCUCAAGGCAUUUUCCUUUGGCCCCAUCAAUAAAACACUUUAUUUUCUUUGUGCAAUAUA